AUGGCGUUUCUCUGCCCCGUGAGAAUACGACGGGGCAAAAGAAAGAAAGAGAGCGCCAGCAACGACAAGCUAUCCACGCGGACUCCCAACAUCGGACGCAUCACGGGCAGCGCCAGCAUUGAGACGCUGGUGCGGGUCGGCAUCGAGAAGGAGCACGGCCUGUCGCCGGACUCCAAGGUGAUCGUCCUGCACGACUUCACCCCUUGCGUCGAUGACGAGCUCGAGGUGCGCCGCGGCCAGAUCGUGAACGUGCUGUACCAGGAGAACGACUGGGUGUACGUGAUUGCCGACAGCGGGCAGGAGGGCUUCAUCCCACACUCGUACUGCGCGCCGUACGGGAGCCAGCUGGGCGAGCUCGCGCUCACGGUGCGCCACAAGAAGCUGCCCCGAGACGAGGACGACGGGCUGGACCAGAUCUCGUCGCGGGGCACGCACUCGGUGGACUCCGGGCAACAGUCGGACGCCGAGAGCUUCGGCGCGCCCAAGGAUCGGUCUUCGCGGCUGGCGCCGCCAACGACGGAUGGACACCUGACCAACGCGGCGUCGCUGCAGACGACGCUGCCGGACGUGCACCCGUUCUUCAAGGACCCCGCGGGGCGCUAUGUCGUGCUGUACACGUUCGUGGCGCGCGACGAGAACGACGUGAGUGUGGAGCGCGGCGAACUGGUGACGGUGCUGAACAGGGAGGACCCGGACUGGUUCUGGGUGCUACGGUCGGAUGGACAGGAAGGGUUCGUGCCCAGUGCCUUCGUGUGCCCGGCCGAUGCUGACACGAUCCAGGAAAACCAGAGCGCCAUGCACGGGCCGGUGCAGCCGGGCUCCAACGUGGCGGGGAUGGUGGGGGCGUCGUCGCAUCAGAACGGGCACCACGGCAGCCCCGCCAACGCGGGCACGGGGGCGACCACGGAGGAGCUGCGCUUCCACGGCAGCGAGCUGGUCAUGCUGUACGACUACAAGGCCCAAGCGCCCGACGACCUGACGGUGCGACGGGGGGACUGGGUGUACGCGGACCUCGCCAACCAGACUGUGGAGGGCUGGCUCUGGGCCUACGCCCCCAAGGUGCACAAGUACGGGUUCAUCCCCAAGGCAUACGCCCGCCCGCCCGCCAUGACCUCUCUCUGACCUCGGGGGUCCCAUCUUGCAAGCCAGUCGUGAUUAGGCAAUGUGCGGGGCUUCAAGGUGUGCUCCCAGAACUCUGCAAGCUGGCCCCCUCUCCCGCCGACGGCAGAGCACCGCAGAAGCGCGUCCUGCAUUCCCUUUUAACGUUUGCUUUCGUGAUGGCUUCUGUCAUCUGGGUACUUCAGAUCGAUAUGUUUUUUUUAGCGUGUCUUUUUUUCGAACCAGCCAUGUUUUUUACACACUGCAUUUCUUUCUCAUGACGUCACCUUUUUUUUUAGGUCUGUGAGCGGUGGCCAGUUACGCGAGAGAUAUUAACUUGUAAAACACACCAAAGGCACUGCCACAUUCAACAUUGUAAGAAUACUUCCAUAGCCUGCUCAAUUUUGAAACUUGUGUCAAAAUAAGCAAAAUAUAGUUUCCUUUUUUAGAAACCCUCCCUUCAGAACUCUAAGGGUACAUCCUCGAGACGUGCAGUCUCCUUGAGGUCCCGAGACCAAUGAGGCUCGGAAAAUGGGUUUCUUGUCCCCUUGACACUGCCAUCAUGAAUGGGGCCUGCUCUUGGAGCUUAUACUCCAUCCAAUGUCCAAUGCUCUACAAGCUCACAAAACUGCAAUGUUAUAUUUAUUCUGCAAGAGGGGAGUUGUUCGUCACGAGGCCAAUGGGUCUUGCAGCCAAAUUGCCAGGAGAACUAGCAUGCCGCUCGCAUGAGACCCUUUAGAAGCAGUGCAGUGUACACAGGCACCAAAACAAACAGACAGCCAAGAAUACUCAACCAAUUGUGCAAACGCUGUGCAUACCGCCUGCGGCAGCAAUAUAAUUGCUACAGAAGACUUAAAGAGUCAAAAGAUAUUUGUUUUGGUGAAGGUACGGUGUCAUAGACACAAUACUAACUAAAAAAAGGGUUGAAAUGUGAUGAAGGAAAGUGUUGGUUAUGUCAAAAAAAUAUUCUAUGUCUGAAGUGCAGCAUCAGGGUUUGAGAGAAGCCACUGAGAAGAUACAGAAAGCACUUGUGAGUAGCAGUCCUUGUAGACCUAUACUAUGUGUCUCUAGUAGCAUGCGGUACAGGCGAAGGCAACGCCAGGCGAGGGGAGGGGAAGCAAGCACUAGGAAGGCUGGAGAGGAAGAGAGAAACCUCCUUCUUUCUCUAACAUUCUCCCCUUGCCCUCCUCUCCUGUUCCGCCUUCCUAGUGCUUGCCCUUUCUUUCUUCGCCUGGCAUUGCCUUCCCCUGCACUGCACACAAUUAGUGACACGAAGUAUAAGACAUAUUUUGUGAAAAGGUGAAAUUUGGAGUUAAAAGCCUGCUUGACAUGCAGUGAAAUAACUCGUAUAUAUUUCAUCUGAUCAACCCUUUGACAGUAUGUUUAGGCAUUGAAAGGGCUGUCGUUUUCCUUACGAUGUACCAAAUGCCAAAUGGGGGUAUUUUCUUACCUGCGGGCUCGAGGUUGUCUACAAGGCAAAAUCUCAAGCUUUGUGACAUUGUUUUGCACUACCUCUCCACUCCUCUUGCACAAUUACAUUUCUCAUCAGAAAACAAGUUUCAUUUAAUGAGCAAGAAAAAGUUUUUCUUUGGUCCUUUUUUUUUUUGUGGUAUUUAUUGUAACCAUGGGAAUGCCGGUUAGUCCUUGUACAUAUACUGCAGUGUACUAACAUCAGUGCUCAUUUUCGGAACAGACCUUUAUAACAUUAAGACUGAAGCAGCUCCACUGACGAUAAUGCUCCCUUAACUGUGCCAUGUCGUGCCAUUUUUAUUUUUUGCCUCGUCCAUGUACGACAAGUGCCUGCCAAUCAGCUGUUCCAAACAGUUAUUGGGCACAGAUACAAAUAAACACAGCAGCUCUUUCUUCAGGGGCAGACCAGUGUGCAAAGUUUCAAACAGCUGCAUGUUACAUAUUAAAGGUGCCCAUGAUUGUGCCAGUGUUGUACAUACAUACUGUGAUCACUUUCUGCAUUGUUUCGAGAUUUUUUUUAUACUUUUACAAGUGUUCCAUGCAGGGGUCUUGAAAAGUUAUAUAGUAUAUACCGUCUACAGGGCUAAUCUUCAUGCUUUAUAUUGAGGGAGCAGACAAUAAAAAGAAUCUCUUGGAA